ACCAUGUAUCAAUAUUGUGAGAGAGAAGCUCUUCCCUCUCUCUAGAAAUUAGGGUUUCUUGGUUCUCUCUUCCUCAAUGGUUGUGAGCCGCCACUUCCUCUCUUGUAGGGAUCUCUCCUCUGCCAUCAGAGCUCAUCCUCUCCGAAAUGGAGUUUGUCCCCUCCCUUGUGGAGGUUCUUCUCCCAUGAAUGUGGGUUUUUCUUCUUUCUUCUUUAUCCCUGUUAACUCUACAUCUCCAUUGUUUCCUUUUCAUGUCCCACCACCAAUUUCCAUUGUGGUUUCUCUUCUCUCUGUCAACAAGCACGCUGUUGUGCUCUCAAAUCUGAAUCUAACUUUCCUAACCAACCAUUUUGAGCUCUAUGGCCAUGGAAGAAGACCCCCACCGGAGCCACCACCACCAGAAGAUGCAGAAGGUCUGAGAUUAUGGGUUUGUGGGUCAUUUAUUUUUGUAGUGUUGUACUGUUUUUAUGUGUUUUGUAUUGUGUGUUUAAGUUUAGUUUAUUUUAAGUAUGCUCUCAAGGUGUUUGAUGUAAGGCCCCAAAGAAGUAUGGAUGUUAAGGCAAUUGUUUUGAGUAAGGAUCUAAUAGUGGUUGUUGCAAACAAGUCUCUCUUCUUCUUCACUCAACAGAUGGAUCAUUCACGUGUGGUGAGUUUACCCGAUUUCGAGAACCCGGAUAGUCGAUCUGCGCGUCCACAAGCCAAAGAAAUGAUCCGUAAUUGGAUAGAUUUAAAGACUGUGGUUCCUCAACCCACUUAUCACUUGUGGAAGAAAUUUGCUUGGGUGAUUGGAUUAAGUUAUUUGUUUGGUCAUGCAUUGUUGGGUUCUAUUUUCUCAAAGCUUUUUGAUGCUCAAGUCUUGGUUGGCUUAAUUGUUUGUGUUGUUUUUCAAUUGUGGUUGGGGAAUGUCCUAACACAAUGUGUCUCUCUUUAUUUGUAUUUGAUUUAUCUUAUCUAA